AUGGUGUAUCCAAGGCUCCCUGGAGGCUUCCACAUGGCAGUUACGAUGGUGCUGCUGAUGGUGCUGAGUCUUCCUUUGGCUUUGACCAGGGACUUUCAACCACGGUUCCUGUUACAAGCGAAGAGCGAGUGUCAUUUCUCCAACGGGACACAGCGAUUGGUCUUUAUGGAGAGACGCAUCCACAACCAGGAAGAGUACCUGCGCUUUGACAGCAGCCUCAGAAAGUUCAUAGCCUUGACUGAGCUGGGGCGGCCCGAGGCUGAGACCUGGAACAAAAAGGCCAGCCUGGAGGAGAUGGCGGCGGAGGUGGACAGGUUCUGCAGACACAACUACGAGGUUGCGGAGGCCUUCACGGUGCAGCGCAGAGUUAAGCCUGUGGUGACCGUGUACCCCACAAAGACUGAACCCCUGCAGCACCACAACCUCCUGGUGUGCGCUGUGCAUGGAUUCUACCCAGGCAACAUUGAAGUCAGAUGGCUGCGCAAUGGCCACAAGGAGGAGGCUGGGGUGGUGUCCACAGGCCUGGUCUACAAUGGAGACUGGACCUUCCAGAUCAUGGUGAUGCUGGAGAUGACCCCCCAACAGGGGGACGUCUACACCUGCCACGUGGAGCACCCCAGCCUGGACGGUCCUGUCACCGUGCAGUGGAAGCCCCAAUCUGGAUCUGCGCAGGGCAAGAUGAUGAGUGGAGUUGGGGGCUUUGUGCUGGGGCUGCUCUUCCUGGGUGCAGGGCUGUUCGUCUACUUCAGGAAUUCAUAAGGAUACUGUCCUCUGCCUCCUGCAGGACUCCUGAGCUGAAGUGAAGGUGGACAGCUGGGAAGGCAGGACCUCUACCCCUACCUCUCCUCAUGAAAUCACUCCAGCUUGGCUCUAAUUCUUCAGAGAGAAGUAACGCUUUCUCAGGACCUGGCUUCAUCCCUGCUCAGUGCCCAGCAGAUCCUGUCCUCCCUGAUGGCUCCCCCAGCCCCUGUCCCUGAGCUGGAAGCCCAGUGCAGACUGCAAGAUCUGCUCUGCGCUCUCUCCUGGCUCUUUUGCAUUCAAACCUUCUGCCACCCUCCCCAUCCCCAUCCAACCUGGCCUUGUGUCACAAGACUUUGUUUUAUAUUUUCCUUAAAUAAACAUGGAGUGAAAAAUCAUG